AUGGCGUCGACGCUAAUUAUUCGGGCAGGUGUGUCGCCCGUGCUGCAGAAUGAUGUUAGUACUGAGCUGGCCCUGGCAAAUGGUGGUUCCAGGGCGCUGAGUCGGCUCCUCCCUAACUUGGGCGGACCUGGCGUUGGCUGCCGCCGCCUGUACACAGGAGUGGUGCGGUCGAUGGCCCUGUAUGGAGCACCGAUCUGGGCAGACGCUCUUGUCGCCCGUAAUAGGACCCUGCUGCGAAGGCCGCAACGGGUCAUGGCGGCAAGAGUGAUCAGAGCGUACCGCACCAUUUCGCACGAGGCGGCCUGCGCGUUGGCAGGGACACCCCCGUGGGACCUGGAUGCGGAGGUGUUGGCGUGUGUGCACGAGCGAAGGGUGGAGGUCCGCAUGCGGGGAGAACACCCUUCGCCGGAGAGGGUCACUGGGUGGCGGCGUUUAGCGCAGGCCGAGCUCUUUCGCCAAUGGCGAGAGAGGCUCGAGUCGCCCAGUGCCGGUCUGCGGACUAUUGACGGGAUUCGCCCCGUGCUUCAGCAGGCCAUGGCCGGCAGUGAGUUGUCUUGGGAUGCGAUAGUCUCGUUCUGCGAAGACGUGAUGACGCAGAAGGAGGCUGCGGAGCGGCUGAGAGAGGAUGCCGUGGACUCCCAGCCGAUCCGCCGCAGGAGAGUCGGGCGCAGGCGGCUUGCACAAGACCGCCGCCUGCCUCCAUAA